AUGGCCCUCACGGAACUGGUGUUCUUGCACUUCAAUGACGUUUACCACAUUUCCAAGCAAGCAAGAAUCGCCCGGUUCUGGACACAAUUACAAUUGUAUCGCAAGAAAUACGCCCAUUUAACGCCUUACACCAUAUUCAGCGGCGAUGUGUUUUCACCUUCUUUGGAGGCCUCGAUCCUUCGAGGCGCCCACAUGGUGCCUCUGCUGAGGGAGCUGAAGAUUGACCUCGCCUGCUAUGGGAAUCACGACUUCGACUUCGGCGAACAACGAUUGUCUGAGCUCACCGCAGAGACGAAUUUUCCCUGGCUGUUGUCCAAUGCAUUUCGGCGCAGCAGCCGCAGCAAUGAGUCCGACAGCUGCAACGGAACGGACCGAGGCCAUAGCGAUGGCCGUCUCCUUGCCGGUGCCGUCAGGUACCACACGGCCGUCUUGCAGGGCUUCAAGGUGGGCUUUUUUGGCCUCGCCGGGACCGACUGGCCUUCAAACUGUCGAGAACUCCCUCACUGCACUAUCGCGUCGCCGGUCGACGUGUCACGAGCGUGCGCCCGCCAUCUUCGCCAAACUGCAAAAUGCGAUUUCGUCGUCGCCCUCACCCACAUGCGCCUGGCCGAGGACAUCGAAGUGUCAGAGGCACUUCGCACAGGACCCCCGCAGGAGCGCGUCGACCUAUUGUUGGGCGGUCACGACCACGAGCUGCUCCGGCGCUACGGCGGAGAGGUCUCCGCUCAAGGCAAGAACCCAAUGGUCAUAGACUGCAGCCAAUCCAGGCAAGAUGGCCUGAAAGGCCCCUUGGGCGAGGUCCCGGAGGCACGUGGUGGCAUCAGGAUCGUCAAGAGUGGCUCUGACUGGCGCUCCCUGUCCUGCGUGCGACUGCACGUCGGUCGCACGCCUGAGGGUGUCGCCACGCUGCAGUCCGUUGCCGUGGAGCAAAUCUUGGACCUGGCAGCCAUUCAACUUGACCCAGAUGCUCUCUCGGACAGUGAAACGCGCGUGAGGGAGUGCCUCCAGGGCGUCAACGAUCGCAUCGACGAGCUCGGUGCCGACCCUCUCGUGCAGACGACCGUCGAUCUCGAGGGCACAGGCACUAUCAUUCGUUCGUCAGAGUCGAACUUGGGGAACAUGCUGGCUGACAUCGUGCGCGCAUAUUAUCUGGUCGACAUUGCUCUCGUCAACAGCGGCAGCAUUCGCUGCGACAAGGUCAUCCGAGCCACGGCCUCUGAAUCACAACCGUCUGGAUCAGGUAAACCCUUGACAGUACGGGACUUGAUAGAGAUUCUUCCAUUUGACAACGCGCUCAUGGUCAAGCGCGUCACCAGCGACGUUUUGUUAGAGGCUCUAGAAAAUUCCUUCUCCGAUGCGCACACCGACGGACGGUUCUUCCAGUACGCAGGCCUCAAUGUUGUCGCUGACUGGAGGAAGCCGGAAGGCAGCAGGGUCCUAGAAGCUUGGGUCUGCCCGAACAGAACAAAGCCAGAAACUCGGAGUCGUAUUUGCCGAGGAGAUGGUCGCAGCGUCACGGUCGCCAUGAUUGCCUUCAUCGCAGAGGGGUUCGACGGCUAUACCUGCUUCAAGGACCAAGAAACAUUGGUCACCGAGGAAGGCGCUAUCACCGACACGCAGCUACUGUUACGUACCCUCGGAUAUGGGCAUGACGAAGAGAUGAAUAACCAUGACGAGGCAGUGGACGAGGACGAGGCCCGUUUUACGAGGGCGCGCGAGCACGUUGUCACGAAGUGGGAUCGUCUCGGCCUACCAAUUGUAUCACCAGUCAUUGAGGGACGCAUAAUCACGAAAGGCGGCCGGUCAGUGUUGACGUAA